AUGCGACAUGCCAUUCCCAUGCAUCAUCCCUAUCAAGCAGCCUCAUCGUUAUCCCAUGCAUCAUCCCAUGGCAGACUCAUCGUUUCAGGUGAUAACCAACAGCAGAAGCAUGAGGAUGGGAACGCAACGAGGGUGCAAGCAGGCCCAGGCAUCCCCAUUGAUCCCUCUCGCAUCACUCGCCUGUCGUGGCAGCCGAGGGCCUUCCUGUACUCGGGAUUUCUCUCCCACGACGAGUGCGAUCAUCUCAUCACCCUCGCGCGUGACAAGGUAACACGCUCAUCAGUGGCGGACAACGAGUCGGGCAAGAGCGUGUUGAGUGAGAUCCGCACGAGCUCAGGCACAUUUCUCAACAAGUAUCAGGACGACAUUGUGAAGCGCAUAGAGGAGCGCAUUGCAGCAUGGGCCUUCCUCCCCAAAGAGCACGGCGAAGCGAUCCAAAUACUAAAGUACGAGAUCGGGCAGAAGUACGAGGCCCACUUUGACUAUUUCUUUGACUCAGUCAACACUCAGAUGGGCGGCCACAGGGUGGCGACGGUGCUCAUGUACCUGACCACGGUGGAGGCAGGAGGGGAGACGGUGUUUCCUAAUGCACAGCCUAGGCCUCCCACGGACGCCACAGCGUCUGAAUGUGCGAACAGAGGUCUGGCAGUCAAGCCUCAGAAGGGCGACGCGCUGCUUUUCUACUCCCUCCACCCGGACGGCACCACGGACCAGUCAUCAUUGCACGCCAGCUGUCCCGUCAUCCGCGGGGAGAAGUGGUCGGCAACCAAGUGGAUCCACGUGCGAUCCUUUGAGGCGCGGCCCUUGGCACAUGGCUAUAGUGACAGCAGUGAAUGCGGCUGUAGCAGAGGGGAACGACGAACGGAUGAACGCCUUUCUCCCCUUCACUCUCUUCUCCCCUCACUCUCGUCUCCCCUUCACUCUCUUCUCCCCUCACUCUCUUCUGCCCUUCACUCUCUUCUCCCCUCACUCACGCCCUUCUCCGCAUCCCUCCCCCUCCUCCUUGUGCUGCCCCAUGUUGUGCAGAUUGAGACGGCAGUGAAAGCGGCUGUAGCAGAGGGAAACGAUGAGCGGAUCAACGCAAUCAUUUCCCUGCUGGCCAAUGAUUACGCCACGUCAGCACAGCCGAACCAGAGAAAGGGGGGUCUCAUAGGGCUGGCGGCCGUCACGGUGGGGCUGGGACCUGACGCCAGUCAGUACCUCGAUCGCAUCGUGCCAGAGGUGCUCAAGUCGUUCUCAGACUCGGACAGUCGAGUGCGCUACUACGCCUGUGAGGCGCUCUACAACAUCGCCAAGGUGACACGUGGCGACUUCAUAGUGUUCUUUAAUGACGUGUUCAACGCCCUGUGCAAGCUCUCUGCUGACCUGGACCCCAACGUGCAGUCCGCCGCCCACCUGCUGGACCGGCUUGUCAAGGACAUAGUCACUGUCAGCGACCAAUUCAGUAUAGAAGAGUUCAUUCCUUUGCUCCGGGAGCACAUGAGUGUGCUCAACCCCUUCGUGCAGCAGUUCCUGGUCGGAUGGAUCACGGUGCUGGACAGCGUGCCUGACAUUGACAUGCUCGGCUUUCUGCCUGACCUGCUUGAUGGUGGGUGCUCUGAACUUUGUAUCUGCUUGAUGGUGGGUGCUCUGAACUUUGUAUCUGCUUGCAAUUAUGUGUGCGUACGUUCUUGUCGGAUGGAUCACGGUGCUGGACAGCGUGCCUGA